GAAAAAUGGUUGCAAGGCAAGAAGAAGAAAGGAAAAAACAGGUCUCUGUGAAAGGAUUUUCAUCUUCUUCUUCGAUCUAGUGUGAGUAAUGCUAACAUGGAUCAUCCCUCGACUGAAAUUGGAAUUUCGAAAACUUCGCUUCUUUUUCCAAGCAUAGAUACAGAAGUGUCAAUAGUUGUGCAGUUUCCUCAUUCCAGUUCGUGUUCGUCUGCAUUUCAUCUUCCUAGCACCUGAGUUUUCAUGAGAUCAUCCUGCCACGAUAUAUAAGUAGCAGUCUGUUACAACUCUUGCUAAUGUAUUUUCUGAAUACAGGAAUGUGCUAUCGUCCGUAGGCACGAUGUAGUGAUACAGUGCGUAGCGGUAGUGAAAUUCAUGUCCUCUAUAACAGCAGAAUUAUGGCGGAUGAUGUCAGGAAAAAUAUGAAGGGAAAGAAUCUCGGGGCGCCUGAGUUGGCCUCAUCGGGCCGAUCGGAUGACUACUAUCGUGACCGGGCUCUUGCCUAUCACGAAACCACGCAGCGCACGCAGGAUGAGCUCACUGACGUCGCUUGUUGGCAUUUCCUGGUAGAAUGUACAGCUGGAACCGAUACCGAUAGAGACCCGAGUGGACAGGCUGCAGUCGGUAACGCUAGGUCAGACGGUAGCCCAGACGUAGCCUGUCCGAUAGUUGUGGACAUCGGCUGUGGCUCCGGACUGUCUGCAUCGCGAUUCAAGGCGAGGAUGAAGGAAACUAGAUCGAACGAAAGCAGGGUACUAGAAGACGAAUCAAAGGAUGGAUACAAGAACGAAAAGAUCAUGAUACCUCGUUCUUCGACAGCAGGUAAAAAUUCCUCUAGCUCAUCAAGCAAGGCAAGAAAUGUGAGUACAAGCAUAGUACGACCACCUCCUGUACUUCCUUUCGUAAUAGGGCUGGAUCGUAGCAGGGAAAUGCUAGAGCUGGAUUUGCCUGUGCCGAUGUCAAGCUCCUGUUCAAGACAAACAUCAGUUGGGCCGCGUUCUCAAUCACGCUAUGAGGAGAAAAUUCUUUGCGACUGCUUUGGUGCUAAGCUUCCAUUAAGGCGAGGAGUCUCCGACUCUGUACUUUCCAUAAGUGCACUGCAGUGGCUUUUUGUCGACGACGGUGAAAAGCAAGAGGACGAGGGGCAACGAGAUACUAUGGGGAAACAGGAGUUCCCUACUGCGAAGCGACGACGCGUUGAAGAAGAAGACCAAGUACAGCACCAGGUGAAACGACACGAUCUUUCGGACCAGCAAAACAAUGAAGACCUGCGAGUACAGAUCUUUUUUGACGAACUUCGGCGAAUUACUACGAGCCACAAUCCACCAUGGGAUAGCACAGAAAAGACAAUAAGGUCUCCUCCAGAGGAGCUCCUGCGACUACCCGCAGCGGUGUGCCAGUUUUACCCGACUGGAGGCAACCCGCAGUGUCUCCUCCCCCUCAAGAGGCACUCAAGGGGACGCAUAUGGUGUCAUUAUCCACAUAUGCAGUCAAAAAAGAAAUUCUACUUGGUUAUACCACGGAAGGCGCCGCGGGCACAGGCUGGCCAGAGGGCUAGUUGUAGUAAAGAAGAGAUGAAGGAGAGGGACGGCCAGUUGAAAAAGCUAGAUGCAGAUUGUCAAUUGUACCUCGAAAAUUAUAGCGGCGGCUCAUCAUCUUCGCCAGGAGGUCCCAAAGAUGCAUCAACUUGGUGUGCGUUGUGUUGGCCCCACUGUGCUGCGGAGAGUGGUUUGCUUGCUCUGGAAGCUGAGGUAGGAACACAGCUUGAACAAAAAAGCAACGAGGACGAGGAGAAGGACAAGAGCGAUAGCGCUUUUUCAAGAUUGGGAUUGAAGCUGCUUGAGCGUAGCAGGAAAGAGCACUUGCUCGUCUUCUCGCGAUUUGCGCGCAACAUGGCACGACUGGUUCAACUUGAGACCUCAACAACUGGAGUAGGUACUAUUCAGGAUGAUCGUAAACAUAGUAGUAGUACACGACCAGCAAUGAAGAUACAACGUGAAGCUAUAUUCAAGGAACUAGGCCCUCCUGGAGUUGCGGUUGGUUGGGCGAUAUACCUGGACCUGCUGAGGCGACAUCGCCACAGGCAGUUGCAUUCUAUUUCAAAUGUUUCUGGUGGCUCAACGCCAAGCUCAAGUGGGGAAAGGGAAAACCUCGAGAAGAUGGAAAUGGAAAAAAAUCGAGCUGAGGUUGAAAACGACCUCCGCCGGAGACUUGCAGCUGAUGGAAAUGUUGAGGGCGUAGAACAAGAACACUUGACGCAUAUCAGCACAACGAUGAAAAAUCUCCCGAGUGCCAGAGAGCUGACAUCAUAUCUCACUGAUUCUGAAAAACUACGACUGCUGCUUUAUGCCCCAUGCCCAUGGAGUGAACUAGCAGUGACCCCAACAACGUAUUUCCCAACUCCAACACUUCGCGAAUAUCUUUUGCGCAGUGGAUUUUUAAGAACACAAGAAUUUUAGAAAUUGAUUGCUGGACUUGGGAAAAGAAAAUACAUAAUAAUUAUGGAGGACUUCUUCAUUCUGCAAAAAAUGUCCUCUGGAUCUGGGCGAAUUAGG